AGGUGCAUCCAACUGAACACAUGGCGAUCCUGGCCAACUGAGCCCCGCAUCCAAAUGCCAGCCCCUCCCACCAUAACAUGCUUUGUGCGGCUACUGUCACGUCCCUUCCGUCGCCCCAAUUCAUUCGCUCCCCUUUCCACACACUCGAAUUUUAGACUUUUUUCCGCAAUCACUCACGAUAUGGAGACUGUCGACACUACCUCCCGGCUUGCAAAGCUGAGAGAGCUUAUGAAGAGAGAGAAGGUACAUGUUUACGGUAUGUUUGUGAUCUCUCGGGAGUUUACCCCCGGGCUGUAAUGUGAUUAUAGGCUCACCGGAUAUUGUCUUGUAUAGUUGUCCCUAGUGAAGAUGCCCACAGUAGCGAGUAUAUUUGUGCUGCCGAUGCUCGGAGAGGUGCGUUUUUCUUUUCUCCUCCCCUGUUCCAUUCGAGAAUCCGAUCACAUCUGUCUAACCUACUGCUGGGUAGCUUUUAUCUCCGGAUUUACUGGAUCGGCUGGAUGCGCAAUUGUCACGCAGGAAAAGGCAGCACUAUCUACUGAUGGCCGCUACUUCAACCAGGCAGCCCGCCAACUGGAUAGCAACUGGGAGCUCCUCAAGCAGGGCCUUCCGGAUGUUCCCACCUGGCAGGAUUGGUGAGUAGAGUGCGAUACCCAAACUGCUAGUUGAUGCGCUGCUGAUUGGGGUGAAAUGGAAUAGGGUUGCACAGCAAGCAGAAGGGGGAAAAAAUGUUGGUGUCGAUGCCACGAUUAUAACUGCCCGUACAAGGCCCCAUUUCUCCCUGCCUAGACCUUUAUUGACCCUAAUGCACGUGGCUUGCGUAUACUGACAUAGUGUAAAGAACAAGCAAAGGGUCUUGAGACAAGGAUAAAGAAAAAGGGAGGCACUGGCUUGCUCGGGAUAUCGAGUAAUCUUAUCGAUGAGGUCUGGGGCGCCGAUAGACCAGAUAGGCCGAACAAUCCAGUGAUGGUGCUCGAUGAGAAGUAUUCUGGAAAGGAGUUCCCUCUUAAGAUUGAAGCUGUCCGAAAGGAAUUGGAGAAUAAGAAGAGCCCCGGAUUUGUAGUAAGCAUGCUUGAUGAGAUUGCAUGGUUGUUUAAUCUUCGAGGAACUGAGUGAGUCCCGGGGUUCCCAGCCUUUGUUCUGUCUGACUUAGUCACCCGCUUUUUUGGGCUCGAAAUUUAGAGUUCCCUCUUAUUAACAAAUAGUCUAUGUCUAAAGCAUUCCUUACAAUCCCGUUUUCUUCUCCUACGCUUUCAUUUCCCCGAAAUCAACCACUCUUUACAUCGACUCUUCGAAACUAGAUGAAAAGGCCAUCGCCCACCUAGGUUCUGCUGUUAAAAUCCGUCCUUACCACGCGAUCUUCGAUGAGAUUAUUCUGCUAGCGCAGGAGUUCAAGGCAGGGCAGCCCGAAACGGAGCCCGGGACCAGCGAGGAUGGCGGGAAGUGGUUGGUAUCAAACAAGACUUCUUGGGCUCUAUCAAAGGCACUCGGUGGUGAGGAUAGUAUUGAAGUGAUCAGAUCUCCCUUGGAGGAAGAGAAAGCGGUCAAGAAUGACACCGAAAAAGAGGGAAUGAAGAGAUGCCACAUUCGCGAUGGCGCCGCCCUGACGGAGUACUUCGCGUGGUUGGAAGAUGAGCUUUUAAAAGGAACCAGCAUUGACGAAGUGCAAGCCGCCGAUAGGUUGGAGCAGAUCAGAUCCAGAGGGGAAAACUUCAUGGGGCUGUCCUUUGAUACUAUUUCUUCCACAGGACCUAACGCGGCUGUCAUCCAUUACAAACCUGAGGCAGGAAAUUGCUCGGUAAUCGACCCUAAAGCAAUCUACCUGUGCGAUUCCGGUGCCCAGUAUCUUGAUGGAACCACUGACACGACUCGCACUCUUCAUUUUGGGGAUCCUACGGAUAUGGAGAGAAAGUCCUACACACUCGUCCUGAAAGGUAUGAUUGCCUUGGACAGGGCUAUCUUCCCGAAAGGCACAAGUGGGUUUGCUUUAGAUAUUCUGGCGCGCCAAUUCUUGUGGAGCGAAGGACUGGAUUAUCGUCACGGCACGGGCCAUGGUGUUGGGUCAUUUUUGGUGAUUGAUCCCCUGCUGGUAAUGUGGCACCAUUUCCUGACGUGAGACAGAAUGUCCACGAGGGGCCGUUCGGGAUAGGCACGAGGAUACAGUAUUCGGAGGUUGCCCUUAGCCCAGGGAUGUUUGUAUCCAAUGGUUCGUUCACCUUUGCCCCAUCAAAUUUCGUCGUCUUAAAUUAAUAACUAUAGAACCUGGAUAUUAUGAGGAUGGGUCCUUCGGCAUCCGUAUUGAGAGUAUGCUUAGUAUUCCGUAUAGAGCCUGCCUUCACUGACGGAACCACAGAUAUAAUCAUGGUGAAAGAGAUCAAGACCAACCACAACUUUGGCGACAGGCCGUAAGUCUCAAGUCCUCAGGACGAGGUUAUAUAUGCGUGAAAUGCUAAUCUCGUCCAGAUACUUUGGCUUCGAGCGUGUUACAAUGGUUUGCUGUCUCAACGCACCAUAGAAUAUGCGUGUCCACUAAUAGCGACUGUUGUAGGUGCCUAUGUGCAGAAAGCUUAUUAAUGUCAGCCUCUUGACACCUGCUGAGAUCGGAUGGCUAAAUUCUUACCACGCGGAGGUUUUCGAAAAAACACACGGAUUUUUUGAGGAAGGUAGUUUGGCUUUGAAGUGGUUGAAGCGUGAGACUACGCCAAUUUAAGCAUGGAGUUCAUCACACUUCCCUUAGUUACAGCUACUUGACCCACUUCUAUACAUCUCCUUGUGAGGUUGGAUUACUUUAACAAUAAAUUUCUCGGAGUUUCUUUCUUGGGCAAUGCGCAACAGGGAAGGUGUUAUAACAAGUCCUCAACCCCCCAGUAUCACAAGAUGGAAACUAGAACAGCAAAACUUGUCCCAGGCUUUGCCAUUGUUUUUGAUAGUCCAUUUAAGUUGACAAAUGAGGGAUGGGGUGUGGGAGAUAUCGUUAUGUGGAAGCCCACUAUGGUGACUUGGGAGUUGGGGCUGGAUCCAGUUUGCUGCUGUGGAGCAUACCCCUACUUUCCCGAUGCUCAUCAGAAAUAUACACAACAGAGUUCUCCACUCAAGCGUUCAUUGACCCUGGUGGAAGCGAUAAGGGGUAAGGGAAGGGAAGUCACUAUAGUUGUAGAAAUGGGAGUUGAGUCCUGUUCGGUUUGUUCUAGUUUUCGACCCCAAGUGGGAUUAGCUCUAGGAGAAACGAGGCAGAGUUGGCCCGGCUCGCAGCGGAGGUGUACAAAUCCUGGUUAGCCUCUUUGGCGGGUCCUUAUGGCGAGUGAUAGAUGAUGAAGCAGAUCAGGCUUUUAAGGUUUGUAGUGUGGCCGAUAGAAAGAAUUGGGAAGAAAAUGUUGAAAUAGAAUUUCUGGCAUAAUAGUGACAACUAGCCCUUGCACGGGGGAGCGGGUAAUACUGGGUAUCAUAACUUUAAGGUCAUUACUCAUAGGAUCCUUCCUCUGGGUAAGGGCAUCCGUCAUGACGCUCUUAAUAGUGAGCAUAUGAAACCCCAAGUACAGUACUCAAAGAACCUCACCAAAGCUUUGUUCUGUGUCCCUUGGCCCUAGGGCUUUUAAUCCUGUAUUGUUUUUCAGAGAAUCGCAGAGCUUGAAAUUUCAUCGUCACGCUCGUUUCUCGUUACCAUUGAAGUUGGUAGCAUAUCACCUCCUCCUCUGUCCUCUGUCCUCCGUGCUCAUUCAUCUCAUUUGCUUUCUUCCCUCGCUCUUUAACGACUAGCAGAUUUGGGGGUAAUUGUUUGACUCUUAAAUCUUGUCUUUAAAUACCGCGGCCUUCUUUCCUCUU